AUGGAGAGGCUUUUGGAAGAGACGUGGGGCACCGGAAGAUGUCAGAAAAUAUCUCUUCUGCUGAGCAUCGUUCCGAUUUUCAGCUUGCAGGCACUUUAUGUUCCUCACUUGUUUUACGGACAGCUUUUGCCCCACACGUGCUCGGAAGACAACACUGUUCUUGAAAGUUACACAACUACCAAUUCGACCUCAUGCGAAGGGUUCGCAUGUUCGAUGGAGACGUCCUUCGCAAAUGAUUGGGGGCUCUUGUGUGACCGCGAAUAUGAGCGAAACCAAAUUUCGAGCAUUUAUAUGCUCUUCAGUUCCAUCGGCGUUCUUUUUUCUGGCUUCAUUUUUGACAAAUUUGGGAGGAGAAAUGCAACCAUAUUUUACUAUAUUUCAGCAAUGAUUGUCUAUUUCUGCAUGUCUUUUGCGCCGAAUUUCGCGGUCUUCAAGAUCUGCUACGGCGCCUUGGGAUUUAUAGCUUGUGGAAUUGGCACUUAUACUCUCAUGAUGGAAUUGUCGAAAAACUCUUGGAAGUGGGUCAUUGGCGGAGUAACGACUGUAAGCUGGACGGGCGGGAAUAUUUGGAUGACUACUUGCACUUACUUUUUUCGUGACUGGCGACUUGCACUUCAGCUAACUGCUCUUCCAUUUUUAUCAACGCUUGCAAUUCCCUUUCUGGUUCCGGAGUCGCCCCGCUGGCUUCUCAAAAAUGGAAGAAAAAAAGAAGCAAUUUAUUGGAUCAAGCGAAUCGCCGCUAGAAACGGCGUUACUGUAGAUGAGAAAUAUAUCGACUCCUGUCUUGAACCAAUGCUCAAGCAGCAAGAGAGCGACAGUCAGAAUCAUGAGACGGUUUGGGAAUUUUUGAAAGCAAAAAGCUUGGUCCUCCGAUUCUUCAUUCUCUGCGCCAUAAAUUUUUCUACAAUGGCGUACUGGAUGAACGUAAUCCUGGCAUCAGACAAGAUGCAUUGCUGUAUUUACAUAACUUAUGCAAUCUUCAUCUGUCUCGAAGGCCCCAUCAGAGGUUCUUACACCUUCGUUUUGAUCAAGAAGAUGCGGCGCAAGGGAAUUUACUUCUUCCUCACUCUAUCACCUAUUCUAUUCCUGGCUAUGCUUACUCUCUCGAAAUUCGACGAGGAUGGAGACUUCGCUGUUCUGAAGCUUGCUCUUGGAACUUUGGCGAAAUUGUGCUGCACUAGCUAUUUUGUCUUUAUGUAUACGUUGAUUGUUGAAGUCAUGCCCACGAAUUUCAGACAGCGCGGAGUAUCUAUUCUGCUAUGCUGUGGAAAUCUUGGUGGAGCUCUUGCGCCAAUUUUAUUCGCAAAAAUUGGAAUCAUGACUCCUUAUGCUUCGAUAGCACUUCUCAUUGUUGUCCAGUUGAUUUAUUUUCUUCCACCAACUUUGUCAAAAAAUCUGCCAGAAAGUGUAGACGACGCAAAUGAACUUGCAAAAUCCGGAAACAAGUUCUUUUCCUUCUGA